CCUUUCUCUUGGUUCUAUAUAUACUGUGUUAUAUAAUAAUUUACAUAGACAUCAACUUCCUAAUAAAUCCAUACAAAUUGUUUCUCCAAUUCCUUAUUUUGUUGUAGUUUUACACACUAAAAAAAGCUUGAAACCCAAAUCAGUCACUGUCUGGACAAAGUUGUUAUAGAAACUCGAAACAGGAACGGGCCACUAAAAGUAGAAAUCAUUCACGGACCCCAUUUUUACCCUUUUCUUCAUCUUGCAGAAAAUAAUUGGAGAAGAGAAACUGUUGAAGUUGGAAGAUUUUUGUACAUGUAUGGUAUAAAACAAAUCACAAUUAAAGGGACCCCUGAAAAUUUCCGUUGUGGUUAUCCAUCACGGGUUACUACAAAACAAGAUGUAUAUUUAAUUACUGCACCACUCAUAUGCAAGUCUUUUCUACUUCUUCCACUCUAUCAAUAACAAUCCUCCUCUCACACUAACAUUUGCCUCUCAUUUCAUUUAGUCCUUGUAGCGUGUGCCUUCAUUCUCUUUGUUAGAGAGGUUUUGAAGAACUUAGGGAUGGCCUAUUUAUCUAAUAACCACUACUCUGUUGUCCUCUGUUUCAUAUUUAGCUCUUUUUUGUUAGAAUUCAAGCCAGUCUUGGCACAGAAUUCUCCUGUUUUCGCUUGUGAUAUCACAGGCAAUCCUGGGCUGGGGAAUUUAACAUUUUGUGAUGCAUCCUUGACGGUGGAAACCAGAGUGAAUGAUCUGGUGAAAAGAUUGACAUUGCCAGAAAAGAUUGGAUUCUUGGUGAGUGGUGCAGGUUCUGUGAGUAGGCUUGGGAUACCAAAGUAUGAAUGGUGGUCUGAGGCCUUACAUGGAGUUGCAUAUACUGGUCCAGGAGUACAUUUCUCUAGUCUUGUUCCAGGUGCCACAAGCUUCCCUCAAGUCAUUCUCACUUCUGCUUCUUUCAAUGUCACCUUGUUUGAAACUAUUGGAAAGGUUGUGUCCACCGAGGCUAGGGCAAUGUAUAAUGUCGGUUUAGCAGGUUUGACAUAUUGGUCUCCCAAUGUCAAUAUUUUUCGCGAUCCCAGGUGGGGAAGAGGCCAAGAAACUCCAGGAGAAGAUCCAACACUCACCAGCAAGUAUGGUGCAGCCUAUGUCAGAGGCUUGCAACAAACAGAUGACGGUAAUAAAGAUAAGCUCAAGGUUGCUGCCUGCUGUAAGCAUUAUACAGCUUAUGAUGUUGAUAACUGGAAAGGAAUCCAACGAUACAAUUUCAAUGCUGUGGUAACACAACAAGAUUUAGAUGAUACAUUUCAACCCCCAUUCAAGAGUUGUGUACUUGAAGGAAAUGUAGCCAGUGUGAUGUGUUCAUAUAAUAAAGUAAAUGGCAAGCCAACCUGUGGUGAUCCAGACCUUCUUGCUAGGAUUAUAAGGGGAGAAUGGAAAUUAAAUGGAUACAUAGUCACGGAUUGUGAUUCAUUAGAAGUGAUUUUUAAUUCUCAACACUACACCAAAACACCAGAGGAGGCUGCAGCUUUGGGUCUAAAUUCAGGGGUGGACCUGAAUUGUGGAUCUUGGCUGAGAAAUUAUACUCAAGGUGCUUUUAACCAAAAACUUGUGAAUGAAUCCGUUAUUGAUAGAGCUAUCUCAAACAAUUUUGCUACACUAAUGAGACUUGGAUUCUUUGAUGGCAAUCCAAGAAACCACAUUUAUGGAAACCUUGGCCCUAAAGAUGUCUGCACCCCAGAAAACCAAGAGCUUGCUCGUCAAGCUGCAAGACAAGGAAUAGUCUUGCUGAAAAAUACUGCAGGAUCGUUACCUUUAAUUCCCACUGCCAUCAAAUCCUUAGCAGUCAUUGGUCCUAAUGCUAAUGUGACCAAAACCAUGAUAGGCAAUUAUGAAGGCACUCCAUGCAAGUACACAACUCCCUUGCAUGGCCUAACAGCCUCUGUUGCCACAAUCUAUAAGCCUGGAUGUGCUGAUGUGUCUUGCAGCAGUGCCCAAAUUGAUGAUGCUAAGCAAAUAGCAUCCACAGCUGAUGCUGUGGUCUUAAUAAUGGGAUCUGAUCAAUCGAUUGAAAGAGAAAGCCUGGACAGAAUUAAUAUAACUCUUCCAGGACAGCAAUCAGUUCUAGUAGCAGAGGUUGCUAAAGUUGCCAAGGGACCUGUAAUCCUUGUUAUUAUGUCUGGAGGUGGCAUGGACGUACAAUUUGCUGUCGACAAUCCUAAGAUAACAAGCAUUCUUUGGGUUGGUUUCCCUGGAGAGGCUGGUGGUGCUGCCUUAGCAGAUGUCAUCUUUGGAUAUUACAACCCAAGUGGAAGGCUCCCAAUGACAUGGUAUCCACAAUCAUAUGUAGAUGUUGUUCCAAUGACUGUUAUGAACAUGAGGCCAGAUCCCGCCACCAACUACCCCGGCAGGACUUAUAGGUUCUAUACCGGUCCAACUGUUUUCACAUUUGGUCAUGGAUUAAGCUACUCUCAGUUCAACCACCACCUAGAUAAAGCCCCGAAAUUUGUCUCCAUUCCUCUUGAGGCAAAACAUACUUGUCGUUUGACAAAGUGCAAGUCUAUCGAUGCGGUUGAGCAAAGAUGCAGCAAUUUGAGAUUUGACAUUCAUCUUACAGUAAAAAAUGUAGGGAAUAUAAGUGGAAGUCAUACAGUUCUCUUAUUCACUUCACCACCCUCAGCCCAUAAUGCACCUAAGAAGCAUUUGUUGGGGUUCGAGAAAGUCCAUUUGACACCACAAGGAGAAAGGGUUGUUAAGUUCAAUGUAGAUGUUUGCAAGCAUUUGAGUGUACAUGAUGGGCUUGGAAACAGGAAAGUAGCAUUAGGACCACAUGUUCUUCAUAUAGGGGAUUUGAAGCAUUUCUUGACUGUGAGGAUUUGAGCAACUUUUCAACAUAGACUUCUUCUCAUUUCUCUCAAAAGAGGGAGGAAGUAUCACAAGAUGAAGAAAGAAUCCAAAUUCCGAAUAUGUUGAGAUAACUGUAACAAUUUUCUUCUUUUUUCGCUUAAUUGUCCAUUUUAGGUAGAUGACAUCUCAGAAGUAGGGGUGAGGUCUGUGUACACCUACUCUCCCCAAAGUCCAUUUGUACAAAUACAUUAACUAUAUUGUUGUUGUUCAUCUUAGCUAGAAUAAUCGAGCUCUUGAAGUGAAAUGAGGGUUCUUUGCAUAAUUUUAUAUCGUAUUAUAUCUACAAAUUCUUUAUAUAUAUCUAA